AUGGCCACAGAGCAGUGGUUCGUGGGGCCGCUACCCCUGGGCCCUGGGGAAACACCCCCGAAGGACUUGGAACCUGAGGCUCCACCCCGCGGAGAGCCCUCGUGGUCGACGCCCCCUGACAGGCCUGCGGACCCCGCUGAACUGGAGCUUUUGGAUGCUCCGGGGGCGCUGCCUGAGCCCCCUAGCUCCACGCCGUCCCCAGAGCCUCUGACUUCAGGCUCAGGGCCGGACCCUCCUCGCCUGCCCUUGGACACCAUGUUCAGCCCCAUCACCGAACAGCUUCGCUACCUGCUAAAGAAGGCUGAUGAUUUCCAGAGCUACUUGCUCUAUAGCAGGGACCGAGUGCAGAAGGAACAGCUGGCAAAGGCCAUGCCCACCUUCUUAAAGAUGUGUGAGCCCUACUUCCUGUACCUGGAGGCAGCUGCACGGAGUGUGCCCCCCAUUUAUGGAACCCUGCAGGAGCUGGUUCGAAAGGGGCUGUUGGAGAUCUCCCAACAGCUGACCCUGCGCCUAGAACAGCUGGUCCUCAUGUAUGCCUCCUUUGGGUUCGUGGACUUAGAAGAGACUGACCCCCUGAGCAUCUCCUGUUUCUUCUGCGGGAGGUUCUCCAUCAGCCCUUUCCAUGAGGUGUCCAUCUUCAGAUACUGCGCCCCAGCCCCAUACACCGCAAGCCGCUUCCCCCGCUACCUCUACAAGAAGAUGCGCUGGAACCUGGAGACCACCCUAGAGCCCAGCAGCCGAGGGCAAGAUUCCCAUGUGGACUACUACUUCCUGUGCUAUCGAGACACAUGGGAAGACACAGGCAAGAGUCCAGUAAACUCCUGUGCCCAGAUCCAGAAGCUGUGGUCCAUUGGCCGAUGGGUGCCCCUAGGUCCAGUCGACGAUGACCUUUAUUCAUGGAUUUUAUGCCCGCAGCCACCUGGGGACUAUCAGCAGCUGCUGACCAUCGGCUUCGAGGAGCCCUCGCACAUGCUGGCCACUGACCUGCUGGUGCAGAUCCUCACGGGCCAGACAGGCACUGCCCGACCUCCGAGCGCAGCCGGGCCCGUGGCUUGGGUUGCGCAGGGAUCUUGA